GCUGAUGGUGCAGGGAGGAGGAGGAGGAGGUGGACGUGGGGCCCAGACAUGGUGAUGGAGCUGGUGCUGCUCUCCCUGGCGCUGUGUGUGGCCGAGUCCCAGGCCCAGGCGGAUGUCACCCCGGCUCAGUUCAGACCCUAUGUCGUGCUGCUCAAACAAAACAUGGGUGAGAGCAAUGAUAGUGUGAUACCCCCGGGUUGGGCUGCUGGACAUGGUACACGUGUGGCUGGCUGGUGGUGGUGCGAGUAGCAGUACUGGGUUCUCACACAUGCAGCAGCGCAGUACAUGACGGGGGGCAGGCAGCAUGCAUGGUCUGGAGAUGCUCUAUGAGUGGAUCUGUCCGGAGAGCAGGGGCUGGGGGGCUGCUGGCCAUCAUAUAGCAACAUGGGAACAGGUUCAAUGUGUCAGCAAAAGGCAGGCUGGGAGCUAGGUUUAACAGGGUUAAAACAAAACACGAUUUGAUGAAAAGAACGAAAAAUACUAAAUAAACAUAAAGCUUUAGAAGUCACAGAUGUGCCAUUUUGAACGGUCUGUUUCAGAUGUUUCCACACAUAUAAUUAUAUACCUUUCUUUGCUAUGAUUGGACAGUUAGUUAUCCACCCCUCAUGCAUUUGGAAAUCAUUUUGCUCCACAUUAAUGCCCCACCUCAGAGGGGUAUAUAUUAUUAAUCAGAUAUGAGCUGUGCUGGGCAAUGUUAGCCAAUAUGCAUGGGAUUUGGGUUGGGCUGGUACAUAAAUCACCUGGAUGUGAAAUUAAAUGGAAAAAAGAAACUGAUGUUGUUUCCUUUUUUUAGGGUGGGGGUGGAGGGGAAGACUUUUUUUUAUUUUCUAAUAACUUAUUAGUAGGGCAUUGCCAUAUCCAUUAGCAUUUCCAGAGUGUUGGUAUGACUAAAUAUUGUGGUCCCAAAUAUGACAAGUUUUUUUUAACUACAUUUUAAUAUUCGGCAGGAUUAUUUUGUAACAUUACUUAUGUUUCUGUAUUUCAGUAUUGCUGGGAAGCAUUCUAAGCAUAUUGUUAAUUGCAAUGAUCAUUUUGGCGGUGUGUGUGUACAAGCCCAUCAGACGACGGUAGAGAGAACAAUGGAUUGAGAUCCAAUCAAUGCACGGAGAACUUUAAAACAGACUGUGUCCUCUUAUGACUAACUGUCAAAGUGAUCUACAUCAAGAAUUAAUCCCUCUCCAAAUCCUCUAAUGCCAGGACAUUAUCUUGAAGGGCCAGUAUUAUUUACACUACAGUAUUACUACACUGGAUACGCAAGUUAUGAUAUAUCACUCAAACAAUGAUGAAUAUAACCAAAUUUUGACUUAAAGUAAACUUGAUUUUUUGUUCUUUAUUAUAUGUAAUAAACCAUGUUUACUACUCCAACAAUCAUACAUACAUACAUACAAAUAUUAAAUAGCAUGUUAUCUUUCUACACAGGCUUUCCAGACUUUAGUACCAGACUAAAAUAUCUACGCAAUAAAUAAUCUACCAUUUUGAUUUAUUUUACCAAACCCUCAAAGAGCUAUUUGUGUAUUUUGGGUGACAAUUGGCUGGGCUUUAAUUAUAUGUAUAUGUGUGUAUAUCUAUUAUAUAUAUUGCAGAGCUGUUAUUUUGCUCGUGGUCUUAUAUCAAUCUCCUUGAGAUGUAGUUUAUCUUUUAAUAAACCAUAUAAUGUCAUCAACAGUUUAUUCUAAGAUAUCUUGAUAAAAGUCACUUCUGAGACUAAACCCUUGAU